CUUAGGGCAGGAUGAACGCUGCUUUCCAAGAUGGCGACGGAGGGAGGAGGGAAGGAGAUGAACGAGAUUAAGACCCAAUUCACCACCCGGGAAGGUCUGUACAAGCUGCUGCCGCAUUCGGAGUACAGCCGGCCCAACCGGGUGCCUUUCAACUCGCAGGGAUCCAACCCUGUCCGCGUCUCCUUCGUAAACCUCAACGACCAGUCUGGCAACGGCGACCGCCUCUGCUUCAAUGUGGGCCGGGAGCUCUACUUCUAUAUCUACAAGGGGGUCCGCAAGGCUGCUGACUUGAGUAAACCAAUAGAUAAAAGGAUAUACAAAGGAACACAGCCUACUUGUCAUGACUUCAACCACCUAACAGCCACAGCAGAAAGUGUCUCUCUCCUAGUGGGCUUUUCCGCAGGCCAAGUCCAGCUUAUAGACCCAAUCAAAAAAGAAACUAGCAAACUAUUUAACGAGGAAAGACUAAUAGACAAGUCACGCGUAACCUGUGUCAAAUGGGUUCCUGGUUCGGAAAGCCUUUUCCUAGUAGCCCAUUCGAGUGGGAACAUGUACUUAUAUAAUGUGGAGCACACUUGUGGCACCACAGCCCCCCACUACCAGCUUCUGAAGCAGGGAGAGAGCUUUGCCGUGCACACUUGCAAGAGCAAAUCCACAAGGAACCCUCUCCUUAAGUGGACGGUGGGCGAGGGGGCCCUCAACGAGUUUGCUUUCUCCCCAGAUGGCAAGUUCUUAGCGUGCGUGAGCCAGGACGGGUUUCUGCGCGUGUUCAACUUCGACUCAGUGGAGCUGCAUGGUACGAUGAAAAGCUACUUUGGGGGCUUGCUCUGUGUGUGCUGGAGCCCUGACGGCAAAUACAUUGUAACAGGUGGAGAGGACGACUUGGUGACAGUCUGGUCCUUUCUAGACUGCCGAGUAAUAGCUAGAGGCCAUGGGCACAAAUCCUGGGUCAGUGUUGUGGCGUUUGAUCCCUAUACUACCAGUGUGGAAGAAAGUGACCCUAUGGAGUUCAGUGGCAGUGAUGAGGACUUCCAGGACCUUCUCCAUUUUGGCAGAGAUCGAGCAAACAGUACUCAGUCCAGGCUGUCCAAACGGAACUCUACAGACAGCCGCCCUGUAAGUGUCACCUAUCGGUUUGGUUCUGUGGGCCAAGAUACACAACUGUGUUUAUGGGACCUUACAGAAGACAUCCUUUUCCCACACCAGCCCCUCUCCAGAGCAAGGACACAUACAAAUGUCAUGAAUGCCACAAGUCCCCCUGCUGGAAGCAAUGGGAACAGCGUCACAACGCCCGGGAACUCUGUGCCCCCUCCGCUGCCACGGUCCAAUAGCCUUCCCCAUUCAGCUGUCUCAAAUGCCGGCAGCAAAAGUAGUGUCAUGGACGGGGCCAUUGCCUCUGGAGUCAGCAAGUUUGCAACUCUCUCACUGCAUGACCGGAAAGAAAGACACCACGAGAAAGACCAUAAACGAAACCAUAGCAUGGGACACAUUUCUAGCAAGAGCAGUGACAAACUGAAUCUAGUUACUAAAACCAAAACGGACCCAGCUAAAACUUUGGGAACUCCCCUGUGUCCUCGGAUGGAAGAUGUUCCCUUGUUAGAGCCGCUGAUCUGUAAAAAGAUAGCUCAUGAAAGACUGACUGUAUUAAUUUUUCUUGAAGACUGUAUAGUCACUGCUUGUCAGGAGGGAUUUAUUUGCACAUGGGGAAGGCCUGGUAAAGUGCCGGCAGAGCACUUCUGCAGGCAGGAGGACAGAGUGCAAGGUGUUCUCCAAGACCAGAACUAAGGAAGAACUUGGAACAGAGUUGAGUGAUGGCUUUUCUGGUGACCGAUGAGUGGACCGAAUGAAGUGGAUGCAGGCAUGGCUGAAGGGGUCUUCCAGGUCCCUGUGUCCACACUGCACCAGUGAGUGUGGGGAGGUAGGGUCCAGUUAGCACCACUACAGUGGGUGUGUCCACUGUUGAGGUCUCAUUUCUCAGCCAUGGAGCCCCUGUGCCCUUCUGCAUGUAGGCCUGAUGAACAACUCGGAGGUGUAGCCUGUGGUCCAGGUUGGGUUAUACAUACCAAGAUUGGUCUGCCCGCCAUCCUGGGAACUUGUGGGGACACACUCCACUCGCCAGGCCCUUUCUUUGGUCCAGAAGUGGCACUAUGCCUUUCACCUUGGGCUACCGGCACCACCACAUGCUGUCCCUUCAUCACAGUGCCACAUAGUAUUCCCAGGGAUAGGCAAUGUCAGUCUGGAGACAGUGAAGCCUGGGGCUCGCCGUGUAAAAGCACGUGUGUUCAACUGUUAGCUCUGAAACUCAGAUCCCAAGUUCACAGCCAUAAGAACAUGUUCCUCGGGUAGAGGAUGGCAGCAUCCCACUGGUGUUGAGUUUUAUUCAUUGCUGCGUUUGUUACAUAAACUCCGUGUCAUGGUUAAAUUGCUGUCUCUCAAGUCAAAAGUGUAAAAGAUAAACUUCCUGCAUUUCACAUUUCUGUAUACUUGAGGGUUUUUUUAAAGAUUGUUAUUAGGUGACACUGUAAAAUUGUAUGAUAUCUAUGUUCAGUGAAAAUCAGAAGUAAAAUUCACCUGUGUUUCCUUUUUUACACUUUCAUCUAAUCUUUUCACAACUUGAAUAAAUUUCAUAAAGAGACUUCCUAACAUGAACUAUUGGUAAAUUAAGUGCUUAACUGUUGCAAUAAUUAAUGAAGCUUGAAUAUCAGUAUUGUUACUUUAUAAUUUUAAGAAAACCAUGUUCCUCUUUCACUGUUUUGCUUUCUUAGCUGUCCUCUUGUCACUGUCACAGCUCAAGAGACAACAUACUUGACAUUCUGAAGUACUGGAGGCUGUCCUCUGUAUACUGACAUUAAAUAAACAAGUGUGAAUGCCAUUGUAAA